GAAUUUUCCACGCUUCUACCUUGGUCGUAUGUCGUCACCCCUUUGCCAUUCACCCCUUCUGCAUUGUAUAGUCAAAAGUCCUUGGUUAUCGCAAAGGAUCAUCAAUUGCUUGCUUGCUACCUAUCCUAGCUAGCUUUCCUAGGUCCCACUGCAUUCAUCUUCAAAAAUGUCUAUCAAAGCGGUUCGGGAACCGGCCAACGCCAAAGUUGAUAUUGUGUUUGUCCACGGCUUACACAGCGACCAAGCACCGUGGACAUCCGAGGCGGAUGUCUUCUGGCCUGAAAAGCUGCUCCCGGGUAAAAUCUCCGACGCAUGUAUCCUGUCGUUCGAGUAUGAAGCGGCCAUCGGUGUCUUUUUUGACGAGGAUGACGAAAUCACGGACAUUUCCAACGACCUGAUCAACGAGCUGAUGGACCAUCGAACUGAGAAAGAAAAGGAAGAAAGACCGAUUAUUUUCGUCGCACAUUGUCUCGGUGGCGUUGUUUUAGAGAAUGCCCUAGUCCGAGCCGCCGAACAUCCCAGGAAAAGAGAGCUAAUUGGUUAUAUCCAUGGUAUUCUACUACUGGGAACCCCCCAUUUCCAGCCGGGAUCGCUAGCUGCAGCCAUAAAAUAUCUCCAAGUCGCGCAGGCGGAGAUCCCCAGCGAGUCAGGCCUGAAGGACCGGUUACAUCGCCUGAGCGCCAUCCCACAGCGGUUUGCCGAGCUCAAGCAAGCAGGGGCGGAGUUCCAGGUGGAAGGUUUCUAUGCGGCCAAGGACGUGAAGAUCGUUGAUGAGGCGUUGGCCCGAGGCCCCGAUGCUCCUCCUCCUGAGCGCCUGGCGCGCAAUCAGCUCCGGCUGAGCCAGUACGACGGCAAGGAUGACAAGGAUUUCAAGAAGGUGGCUCGGGUUCUUACCCAGUGGGCGUCCAAGAUUGUUCUUCCGGAGAAGAAUAGGCGGGCCGCCAAUGUGUCGAAUGCGACGUUUUCGGGUUCUCAUAAUUCGGGUUUGCAGCUGGGGCAGAAUACCGCACACGAUGCUAGAUAGCUGCCUCACUGGAAAAGCUGAUUGCAUCGAUGCGGGAUAGUGGGAAACUUCUGCUUGGCCACAAGGUGUAUCAUUAUCAUUGUCAUAAAACUUAAUGC